UGUACUGCGAGAUUGGUCUUCAGAACGCUAAAUUUUAAGCGCACAAUCGAUAUCGUGUUUGUUUUCGUCGGCAUCGAAACUUUGCCAAAUUGAACGCAGCUUAGAAACUUGCUCUGGCCAGUGCAAUAGGCAGUGUUUUGUCCGUAUCGAACCCGUGCAAGGGUAGCGUUUGCCGAUUCGGAUUUCGCGGAUGUGUUACCGAUGAUUUGAAGCAGAUCUAAAUUGAUAAACUUUCGCAUCGCAGUAGCUACUGGGGGAGAGGGUUUUUGGAGACGCUUUCCGUGUUUUGCAUCAUCCGCUAGGAACAUUUUCUGUCCAGUCCUCGCUAUACAACGUUCCGCCGUACGAUGCCAUCGAAGAAGAAAAAGUACAACGCACGAUUUCCAGCGGGUCGCAUCAAGAAGAUAAUGCAAACGGAUGAAGAAGUGGGAAAAGUGGCACAAGCGGUUCCGGUCAUAAUCUCUAGGACAUUGGAACUGUUCGUCGAGUCGUUGCUAACGAAAACGCUGAAAGUCACAAAUGCGCGCAACGCAAAGACGCUGUCCCCGUCGCACAUGAAGCAGUGCAUCAUCUCGGAGAGCCGGUUCGACUUUUUGCGCGAUCUGGUGAAAAACAUCCCGGACAUCGGUAUCAACGAGGAUCUGUCCGGCUCGGAGGCCGGCUAUGGUGCUGAGGGAACCUCUCCCGCAUCCACAUCGACCUCCUCGUCGUCGGUGUCGUUCUCGAACGGUGGUAACCCAGCGGUGGGGGGCACCUUCCAUCAUCAACAGCACUACGAUAGCCCCACCAUGCUCCAGCGGUCCGAAUCGUACUCGCCAGCGUCAGCAACAAGCAUGGUUGGCCAAAACAGCCAUCAUCACCCGAAGCGCCAAGCGAGUGUCAGUCAAACGGCAAGUUUAAACUUCUACAAAGAAAUACCACUGGAGGGAACGAGCAGCCCGCCACCGCCCAAGUUGACCCGCCUCAACUCCGCCCCAGCCGGGGGCGCUCCGGCGACGACGGUUCCCCGUUUGCCGUUUAAAAUCGAUAUCCUACCAAAUCUCCCGCCGGCCGGCACGACGCCCAGCACGGCGAGCAAACACACCACCAUCGGUGCCAUCACACCCCAAAUAAGCUACAAAUUUGAGCGACUGUCGUCGUCGUCGGCGUCGUCGCCCACCGCGGCCACCACGCUCGAGCCGGUGAUUAAGCUCGACUAUUCCAAUGUUAAGCUACCCGCCUCCUCGUCCGCGACGUCAUCCUCGACCCGGGGGUCCACUACCAUCCAGCCAACGAUCAAAAUUGAUCUCAGCAGUCUCGCAACGGCAUCCUUUACGACAACGGAUGGAAGUACUCCGACCACUCCGAAGCACUUGGCCACCUCCGGGGGGAGCAGCAGCAGCAGCAGUAGUAGCAAGCACCAGCACCACGCAACAACAUCAUCCUCGUCCUCGUCGACCCCCGCCACGACUCCCAUCAUCCAAAGUCCGCUAUCAGCAGCACCACCAAUUUACUCGGCAAUGUCCUCCACCAUACCCGGCAUGGAUGAAGAUUAUGACGAUAUUUAAAUUCCCAAAACCUCAACCCCGAACCCAGUCCCUACCCCGCUCCGUACACGCAGUGCAUUUAUUCCUUUCCUCAACCGGACGAUUCUUUUACCGACCCGAGUACCCCUCGCGGUCGUUGGAUCCUUUGUAAAUAGUGUAGCAAGUAGGGAUCCGACCAUAAUGCAAGCCACGCCUCACGUUCACGAGGACCAAGUACAAGUUUGUAGUAAUUAAUGCACCCCAUUUUCCUUUUUGUUCGUGCUCGUGGUAACAUAUCCGGGUGCAAAGCAAAUAUGACACCCCUGUUGAAGCAACCCCCCUCCCUGUCCCGAUUUUGCUGCUGAGCUGCGGCUAACUUCUGCCGCACGGGGAAGCCUCACCGGGGGUUUUCCCAGACCAAUCAUAAAGUGUUGUGUGCGUGUGAGUUUGCGUCACGUAAAACAUUGCGAGUUGUUUUUUUUUUUUGCAUAUAUGCAAAAACAUGGGUUUUUAGUUGUUUUCUUCCGCUUUGAGUAAACGUAACGCAGAUAACGGAGCAUCGUGCAGCGCCAAUGGGGUGGAGUAACAAGAAUGUAUUGAAAUGUAUAGAUUAAAC